AAAGCGUUAUCGCAACGUAUCAAGUAAAUACGUUGUUUAAACGUUCGUUUAAAACACUCCUCCUCGUUAUUCUGCUAAAGUCUUAUUCUGACACUGUCAGUUCGCGCAACUGAUAUUAAUCGAUCGAUUAUUAUAUUAUUAUCUUUCAUUGGACGAUUAGUGCUAAAAUGAAUCUUCCUGGGGAUAAAAGCAGUAAGGAAGGCACUAGUAAAGAAAUAUGUACGUUAGAUGUUUCAAAGGAAGCCAAAAGCUUUUUAGACAAAGUCUUAGGGGACGUAGGUAAAACUUCGGCUACCAAACAGAUUAUAAUUGGUACGACGUCUGGAUGGAUGACUGGUUUCCUUACUAUGAAAGUUGGAAAAGUUGCAGCUUUUGCUGUCGGCGGCGGUAUUAUUAUUUUACAAAUAGCUGCUCAUCAAGGAUAUAUCAAAGUUAAUUGGGAUAAAAUUCAAAGAAAAGCUGAAAAACUUACAGACAAAGUAGAAGAGAAAGUAACUGGGGAGGGUCCUAGGUUCAUAGAUAAGGUCGAGAGAUAUGUUGAUAAAAAAUUAGAUAAAGCAGAACAACUGUUAAAAAAUGGAGAAUCUCGUACAAGACGCUGGUAUCACUCUAUAACUGGUGAUUCGUCAUGUUUCAAAGCCACAGAAUUUCAUUUCUUCUUAGCUUCUUUUACAGUAGGCCUCGCACUUGGUAUGGCUACAGCAAAGUAGGCAAACACUUGCUGUUGCUGUUGCUGCUGUACUUUGAAAUUGAAAUCUCAGAUAUAAAUUACUGUAUUUCGGUAGUAAAAUAUCGUCAAAGUAAUGAAAUAAGUUAAAAUAUGAAACAUUACUUCCUAGGGAAAUAACUAAGUCAUUAUUUAGUAUUAUAAGAUUAUAUACACACAUAAACAUUUUUUUUCUAUCUACAAAAUAUACAUCAUUUAAAAAAAUCUGUUUCCAAUAUACGAAGCCUUCAAAUUAUUUUUAACAAAAGUCACGAUUUUAAGAUUUCAAACAUUUGUAUAUUUAACGAUAAAUUUUCUUACACUUAACUUUUAUACAAAUAAUAUUAUUAUUAAUGCUUACAUUGAUUUUAACUGAAUUCUACGUAUACUUUUAAGAUCAUAUAAUUGUCUUCGAUAAGUAUUAUUAGAAAGAAUUCAGCAUAUUCAUAUUUAUCAAACAACUACACUUUUCGAAAUACCAUAUACGAGAUACGAGAAUGAUUAUUGUUUUCAUUAUAAAUUUAUCUAAUAGAGCGGCGAAAUUUUAUUAAAAAUUUUUUGAUUUCUCUUUGUUUAAUAAUAAGUAUCAUGUUUGAAUUGUGCAGAUUUAAUAGAAAGAAUCGUGUUGAAAAAAAACAAUUUAUGCGUUUAUCGUGCUUUUAAACAUAUUAUAUUAUUUAUAUAUAUAUAUAUAUAUAUAUAUAUAUAAAUAUGUUACAAACGUUAUUAAUUCAGUAUGCAUUGUGCGUCUGUUGUACUUUCUUUAAAGUGAAGCGUUACUAGGAGAAAAAACAAAACAGAAACGAGAAGAAAGGUAAAGACAAAGAAAGAGAGGGAUGAUCGAGAACAGUAGUCGUCAAUACAUCGUACGAAGAGCACAUAGGCAUCUAAUUACGUUAAUUAGUUUGCCUGUAUAUCGUUUAGCUGUAGCUAGUUGUAUUUUUGCAUAUAUAUUAUCAUGUAUAUUCGUAUAUUAAUUAGUUGUUUAGCCAUAUUUAAUUACCUUUACUCUUCUUUGCGUUAUUAUUUAGUUUAAUAAAUAGAUUUUUUGUUCUGCCAUUACAGAUAGUACUCGUAAUGUAAUUUAUGAAAAAAAAAAAAAAAGGAAUU